AUGGCUUCUGAAAAUCGCCAAUACGUCCCCCUGACCUGUCACGGUCACUCUCGGCCGGUCCCCCACAUAUGCUUCUCGUCCCUGGAGAAGGAAGAUGUCUACUACAUGAUCUCGGCUUGCAAAGCAUCAGAUGGUAACCCUAUGCUUCGCGACGGUAUUACUGGCGACUGGAUCGGUACCUUUAUUGGCCACAAAGGCGCUGUCUGGCAGGCCAGACUGAGCCCCGAUGCGUCGAAUGCCGCAACUGCCUCGGCCGAUUUCACUGCCAAGAUCUGGGAUACCCACACUGGCGAGCUCCUCUACACCCUGCAACAUGACCACAUCGUCCGCGCCAUCGCAUACCCCCCUGACAACUCGGACCUCGUCGCCACGGGCGGUUUCGAGAAAAAGCUCCGUGUCUUCGACUUGACGGAACUUGCCGCCUCCAACCCUGGAACUCCUGCGACAAUCCCUGCUUCGGCUGGUUUUGAGAUUGGCGAGGGCGUCCACACCGGCUCCAUCAAGUUCAUCUGCUGGACCCAGGACCCAAACAUUGUUGUCACAGCCUCGGACAAGACAAUCCGAUGGCUCGACCUCCCUAGCCGUGCCUGCAUCCGCCACGAAGUUCUUGACGGCGAUAUCAAGUCGUGCGAGAUGGUUUCGUUGGCGGCCGAGUAUGCUUCCCCUGACGACAUUGGUGGAGGCAAGCCCGUGCUUGCUGUGGCGGCUGGGAAAACGGUCUACUUCUGGGGGGGACCUCAGGCCAUGGAUGAGCUGAAGCGCAUCUCCCUGCCUUACACGAUUGCCAGCGUGGCCCUCGACGUCAAGGGACGCAAGUUGGUAGUUGGCGAGGAGCCCGGCACGUGGGCCAAGGUUAUCCGGUUCGACGAUGAGACUGAGAUUGACACCCACAAGGGUCAUCACGGUCCCAUCUGGUCCAUUGCAUUUUCCCCAGACGGAAAGCUUUAUGCCACGGGUUCUGAGGACGGCACUAUCAAGCUGUGGAAGAACUGUGAUGGUUUCUAUGGCCUCUGGCGCGGUGGGACGGAGCGUACUGCGGAAUAG